CACUCCCACCAUUGGCUUCUCCCCUCCCCCCUGGAGAGCUGCUUCCCCGGCUCACGGCCUCUCUCCUCCAAUACCGUGUGAGAUUAAAGAGCCGGAGGGAGGGACCGGCCGUGUAACAGGGAGCCGGAGCCCAGACUCACAGCGGAGAGAGAAGAAAGGCAGAGUCACGGGGGAAGACCGAGCGAGGCCAGCCCGUGUGUACCGAGCCCCCCCGCCCGCCAUACCGGGCCCUCACUGCCGCUGGCCGCCGGGGAGGAUGGGGCCGCCGCCGGGCCCCGGGCACCAUGCCUGUUAAUGAGAGUCCCCGGUAUCCUCGCUGCUUCCUGUCCGCUGAGGAUCGCCACCGAGCGGCUCAUUGUGUGAGAGCUGGGACCCUGCGCACAGGGGGGCCUGCCCGGACAGCCCCAUAGCGGCCUCUGUCUAUCCAUAGAGCCAAGCGGGAGACCCCCUCCCACCCAGGCCGAGGGAAGGGCAUCACCCCGCACGUUUGGAGGAGAGGAGGUGGGUGGGUGGGCUGAGGGCUUCAGAGGAGGAGAGUUAAAAAAAUGCACCAGCCGGACCCAGCCGCAGAGCUGGCUGCCAGGAAGAUGGCGCACCCGGCAGAUAUCCCCAGGAGGGGCAGCGGUGCCGGGGGCAACCCGGCUACAGGGAGUCUGAGUGCAGCCAAUCCUGGCAUGGGGGGGCAUCUUCUCACCGGGGAGGACUUCCAGCCUUCACUUCAGAUGCAGCCUCAAUCUGCAUCAUCAUCAUCCUCCUCCUCCACCUCAACCCCUGGAGCUCAGCAUCCUCCUCAAACCUUGAACUUAAUGUCUCAGCCCCUUCUACAGAGUGGGGCCCAGAUUAAGAAGAAAAGCGGAUUUCAAAUCACCAGUGUCACCCCUGCUCAGAUUUCUGCCAAUAUGAGCUCCAACAACAGCAUAGCUGAAGAUACUGAGAGCUAUGACGACCUGGAUGAGUCUCACACAGAGGACCUGUCCUCUUCUGAGAUAUUGGAUGUUUCUUUGUCAAGAGCCACAGACCUUGGUGGCCCAGAGAGAAGUUCAUCUGAAGAGACUUUAAAUAACUUCCAGGAAGCUGAUACACCUGGUGCAGUGUCGCCAAACCAGCCACACCUCCCCCAUCAGCAUCAUUUACCUCCAAAUGUUCAGCAAAGUAUCAUGAUCAAUGGGAAUGUACACCAUCACCACCACCCUCUUCAUCAUCAUGGACAUCAUCAGCCUCCACACACUGGACUACCUGCUGCUCCCAUUCCUGGAGGGAAUCUUCAAAAUAUUGGAUCUGUGAAACAAGCUGCCACAGGUACCUCUGAUAGCCCUGUUACAGCAGCACCUGCCUCUACUGUACCUACAGUUGCUAUUCCAACAGUGGCAUCAGCUCUGCCAGUAGCACGUAAAUCAAGUGGUCCUGUGAGUACAGGUAUCAGCCCUGCCACAAUGGGAAGUACCACAAGCAGUGCUAAUGUAGCAGGUGUGGGUGGUGUGACUGCCACAAUGCCCAGUGUCAUAAAUGUAAAUCCAAGCAAUGUCACUAGUAAUGUAAGUGCAGUGCCAGGUAACCUUAAUUCAAACAUAGUGAGUACAUCUGGCAAUGGAAGCAGUGCUUCAUCUAGUAUAAAUGUUUCUGGUGCAGCUGCAGCAGCUGGACCGGCUGCAGGACAGCAGCCUGCUGCGCCUUUCACAGCAACAUCUAGGUUUAGAGUUGUAAAAUUAGAUUCAAGUACUGAACCCUUUAAGAAAGGCCGAUGGACGUGCAUGGAAUUCUAUGACAAAGAAAAUGCAGUUCCCUCUGAAGCAGCUGCUGCAAUCAACAAAGCAGUAGAAAGCAUUAAACAAAACCCAAUAGAGGUGACUUCUGAGAGAGAGAGCACCAGUGGUAGCUCUGUCAGUAGUAAUAUCAGCACUCUAAGUCACUAUACAGAAAGUGUUGGAAGUGGAGAAAUGGGAGCAUCUACAAUGCAACAGCCAGGAUUUCAAGGACUGGGCCUUCAACAAAUGGAAUUUAGUAGCACACUAACUCAGAAUGUCCCAGCACCUAAUAUACCACAGAGUAUUUCACAGUCUCAGCUUGCACAAUUGCAGAUACAUUCACAAGAUGCAAGUUAUUCUCCCCAGAAACAAGUAGGACAACCUGCUCAAGCUACUUUGAAUGCUGCUACUGGUGUGCAACCAGCAUCUGUUAAUAUCAUUGGAGUACAAUCCUCUUUAGGACAUCAACAGCCACCCGUUUCUGCUAUGAUCCCACAACAGUUGCCAUAUCCUCAACAGGCGCAGCCCAUUCAAAGUAUGCCAACUGUUCAGCAGCAACAGUUACAAUAUGCACAUCAACAAACUGCUACUACUCAAAUGACCUCUGGGCAUGUCAUGCCAGUGAAUCAAAGUUCAGUUCCAGGGAAUUUACCAGAAUACCUUCAACAUCCACAAAUGCUGCAAACAGCGGUGAACCCAGUGCAGUCAAGUUCUACUGUAGUUGGUAACACUGCAGCUGUCCCUGUUGUCCAAGCACAAGUGAUGCAGGCUCCGAUACAGUCUUCAACAACACAAGCCCCACCAACUGCAGCCCCAACACAGUCUGUUGCUCAUGCCCAGGCUACCAUGCCUGCAACAGGUGGCCAAAUUUUAGGAGUUGGCCAGCAAGCAAGUCUGUCUACUGCAGUGCCUCAAGUUGCGACUAGCCAACCAUCAAAUUCUGUUUUGCAGCAGGGUGCACCUAUUCCUUCACAACAGGUGUUGCCACCAUCACAGGGAAUACAGCUGGGUGCUCCAGGCCUUCCACAGCAAGUAAUUCUAGCACCUCAAAAUACUUUACUCCCUGCAAAGCCUCAGACACAACUCAUUGAACCUACUGUUCAAGGAAUGACAAGCCAACAGGUUCCAGUAGUAAGUCCUUUGCAUGCAGUCACUAGUGUUCCUCCGGUUCAACAACUAAGUACAAAUAUAUCAUCUGUUAUAUCUCCAGCUGGGACAACAUUGGGUUCCCUACCAACUGUUGCUCAACCAUCACCAGCUCAAAAUGGAAAUUUGCUUCAAAAUAUUAACCAGACACCUGCGAUUCCAAGUGUACCAGCAGCACAAAGUAUGCCGCUGCAAGUGGCUCAAAGCACCGGGCAAUACUUGGCACCAUCACUCCUACAGUCAGUGGCAAGUCAGAUUGAAGAGGCCCAACGUUUGGGGAUUUCAGUGGCUGGUUUACCCCAUAUUAGUGAAGGAAUUGCAUUGGAUAGCAGUGGUGCUGGGACCCUACUUCCUCUGAAGUCCUUGCCCCUGUCAACUGCUUUGGUUGAUGGUGAAGAUGAAAGCUCCUCCGGUGCCAGCGUUGUAGCCAUAGACAACAAGAUCGAACAAGCCAUGGACUUGGUAAAGAGCCAUCUGAUGUAUGCUGUCCGUGAAGAAGUUGAGGUUCUGAAGGAACAGAUCAAGGAGCUUAUUGAGAAAAACUCUCAACUGGAGCAGGAGAACAGUUUGUUGAAGACUCUGGCAAGUCCAGAGCAGCUUGCCCAGUUCCAGGCCCAGCUCCAGAGUGGGUCUCCUCCCUCAUCCUCAUCUGGUUCACAGCCUACGGGAAAUACCCCAGCAUCCACUCAGCCCGCAUCACAAAGUUCAGGACCAUCUGCAUAACAGCUUUAAAUAUGGUCACAAAGCCUGUCCUAGCGUAUGUGGUCACAAACAUGACAACAAAUACUAAAGGGUUUUGUUACCGUUUGACACUAUUCUUCAGAAGGCUGGAAUGUAUAAUAUCUGAUGGCAACUUUACUUCUGGAUGCAUUAAAAUAUUGACUUCAAACUUUACUGGAAAGGCUAUUAAAAUGUUAGCCUUUCAUAUAAAAAUGAAGUGUCCUGAUAAUUUCAUCAAAAUCCCUACGUUUAUGCUAACAAUGGAUGUGCCUCUGAUCUACGCAUAUUUAAUACACCGAUAUCAAUUGUGCAUCCAAGUCUUUGACACUGUUUCCAAACUUGCUGCAAGUAUGCCUUUUCCUUUCAGUAUUAAAGAGCUGUUUCAAACACCCAACUCAUCUUGACUCAACAGAAUAUUUAUAUUUUAAAGUGCGUUGGAUUGGGAAUAUACCAUCUUCCUACAUGGACAACAGCAGACUGUAAAUACCAGGAACUGUAUAAUGUAGGAGCUGAGAUUCGUCACCUUCCCAGUUAUUUUUUUGUUCAUUUUUUUUUUAUUAUUUGAUUUUAUUCUGCUCAUCCUGUUCUGCGCUGUAAAUGAUGCACAACCUACUUAUGCGUAAGGGUGAUUGAACUGGAUGGGAGAUUACAUGUAGAUUUUCUUCAUUUUGCAAAUGGGCUAGAACCUUCUUGAAAAAAAAAUCACAUACUGAUGUUCCUAGUAGUUAAAGGUAUUGAAGUAUAGUACCUGAUUAUCUUUUAUCAGUCAGCUGAGUCCUUAGUUUGCUAUUCUUCUCUCAAUCUUAUGCUGUUCAUAAAUUGAACAGUUUGAGAAGAAAAUGCUGUUGGAAACUAGGAUAAUUUCAAUGAAGUUAAUUUGCCUAUUGUAUAUUUGUGUAUGUAGUGUAAGUACUCUGUAAUAUAGAACCCUUGUAAGUACUACUUAGGUUGUACAGAUUGAAAUUUAGUGGUUUCAUUGGCUGAUGAAUUGUUUGAAUAGUCCUUUUAUUAUUAUUAUUAUAAUUAUUAUUGUUUUUUUUUUUUAAAGCUGCUAUAUCCUUAUGUGCCAGAAUAGCCCUAGGUUUGCAUUCAUCAGGCACUAAAAAGGUGUUAGCCAGGAAUUCAUCUGCACAGCUCUUUAGAACUUGGUAGAUUUGUGCACUUUUUUUGUGUGUGUAUUUUUCCAAAUUUGCCUUGACUGGUAAGAAUCUUUUUGAAGAGCCACUUCACAUGAUUUUUUUUUAUUAUUAUUAUUUUUGGUUUAAACACUCCCAGAUGCUGACCACUUUCUGCUAACACAAUGGGAUAUACAAUACAAACUGUACGAUAGUAUGCAUACGUUGUGCAUGGUCUCUAAACAGUUGUAACACGUCAAUGUAUUUAACUGUUGCACUUGUCAACUUUCAAUAAAGCAUACAUUGUUGGUUAA